CCACCGCGACCGCGACCGUCAAGGCCGCGCCCCAUUCACACACAGCCUCAAACAAAGCACACACUUUCAAAGGCGAUGAGCCUGCUGCCUUGCUGCCCUUCUUUGCAAACAAACUCACAUACCACUCCUCACUUCCACUGCACAUCCAUGCCAUGAACCGCCUCAAGAUCCGCCUUCAAGCAGCAGCUCGUCACAGCGCGAUCUAGUUGCCCAAGAAGACCCAAAAUGGUGCAAGCCCACGCCUCCUUCGUCGACCUCACCCUCGACAGCGACGACGAAUUACCCGCCGCAACUUCAACCCAGAUACGGGCCCCCAAUGCCGCCGGCCCAGAUUUCACAGGGACGACUACUUUACCCUACCAUUCACCAUCACCACGGAAACUGCAGAAUGGCUUCACGAAUCACCAAUCACAUAAUGGCUUACUGCUCCCGGGGGGGUUGCCCUCACCAAUCGAUAUUCCGGGCGCCCUACCGCCGCCGAAAUUACAUACUCCUGUGGUUGCGAGGAGGAAAACACAUUUGAGAGAGCUGAGCUUGUCGCCGAAUGCGUCGAGGUCGGUGGAGGGCUCGGUGAAGAGGAGGAGGCUUGCUGGGGAUGGGAUGGGGGCGUCAUCGAGUCCGAGUAGGGACCGGGCGGAAACGCGCAUACUGCCGCCGCCGCGGGUAUCACAGGUGGAAUCACAUACGGGGAGGAGAAGGAGCAAACCGCCGCCUACAUCUGCUGGGAGAGAGGGCCAGGUGAAUGUGUAUGAUAUGUUUCAGACUCAGUCGAAGCCGGUGGUGAUUUCUUAUUCGGAUUCUGAGCCGCAAUUGCCGGGGGUUCAGAGUGCAGGGCGGUCACAACAAGGUUUCAAUACACAGGUGCGGCCAGUUUCGAACGCAGGCCCAGGGACAUCCAAUCCUGGCCCUGCGCCGAAGGGGGCGGAGGAUGUGCUUCAUCGGGUUAUCUUCCCGGAAAUUCAAUCAUGCCUCGAGAGAUUGGGAGCGGGCCUCGAUGAGGCUGUCAAGAAGAAAAUUAGGCACCAGGUUGCGAAGAAUCUUUGCGACGAUCAAUUCCUAGCACCUCUGGCUUCGAAUAAAGGGGUGCUAUCUGCAACUAGGCGGAAGAGGCUCGUUGAUAAGUGCGCUUUGCUGGUGGAAAUUCAUGUUCACAAAUUGGGAAAGGGUCAGAAAAGCAAGCUGCAGUCACCUGCAGCAGCUCGCAGGCAAACAGCUCGUCGGCAGACAAAGCAAGCCGCACCGCCUGAGCCGAUCUUUAUUUCGGACAGCUCGAGCGAGUCCGAGAAGGAUGAUUUCAAGGAUGCUGUUGAAAGGCUUGGGGCGGGGGAAAUUACUCGGCAGAAGCGCGAUUCCUCGUCCCCAAGCACGUCUUAUACUGUUGAGUCUCCCGCGAAGGAAGCUGCAUCAGACCCAGCGCCCCAACAGAACCACCAGAAGAUGGCUUAUCGGCAGGGGACUCUUAGUUUUGUUUCACGCACACCUGCUAUCCAAAAGCCUGCAAACGCGCGCUCUCCUGGAAAGCAAACAGCGGGCAAUCGCAUCCAGAAGCAAAACAAACCCCGGGCGCUUCGGUCGGCCGCGCAGGAAGCUGUGGCGAAGCAGUCUUUCCUUCGGGAAGUUGAAACCUUGCGAUUGGCUGCCAAUGCAAUCACAAGGCCGUAUAUCAGUCUGUCGGCGCGCAAAGACAUCGCAAGGGGUCUUUCGGAACAACGAUUGACUCCACAGGAGAAGCAUAUACUUCAUGGUCAUAUUGUUCAUGUGGACUUUACGGGCGAAGAGGUGCAGUUUGUGCGCAAUGUUAUGGAUGUGUGGCAUAGAAAUCAUGUCGAAUCAAAGCCUAAGGGGCAGCGGCUUGGGAUAAUCAAUGGGAGUGUGAAGGUCUAUCCGAGCCUGCUCCAAAUGAUAGUGAAGUCUCAACAGGAGUCUUUGGGAACUGAUGAGGGUUCACGGCUUAUUAAGCAACGCACCGAGGAGAGCCUGAAGAACUUCAUCGAUGAUUUUGGCAAGGAUAUUUGGCAAGGCUAUAUGUCCAAUGGGUCUAGGUUCUCAACUGGAACAACUUCUGUGCUGCGCGUCGCACCGAAAUCCAGAGAAUUGGGCACGGCCACGGGCAAAAGAAGCAAUAACCAUACCUCGAUAUCAUCUAUCCUGCGUGAGCGAGAGCUGUCUCGUGGGACCUUCGGACGGGCCAGUAUAUCGACCAAAGCCCGCAUCCUCACAUCUAUGGAUGAUGCGAUUGUGCGGGAGAUUGAGUUUACUGGUUGUUCUGGGGAUAUUGCCACGAUCACCUGGCUGCCUGGUGACAAGUUUGUAUGCGGUGCGAUUACGCAUUCUGAUGAAUCGAAUCAACAAUACAACAAGCCGGGAAAUUUGGCUCUGGGGUCAGUACAGAAGAGCUCUCUGAGGUCGGUCUCUGGGCAUCGGAUCAUACGGCCCAUUGUUGAGAAGGGCAGCAAUGCCUUGGAGUCCAUGCGGGAGACGCAGGACCCUUAUUUGUACUGUUCGGUGACAGCUACAGCGUUCCAUGAAGGCUCUCAAAAGGCGCUAACAGGGAGCUUUGACAAAACCGUGAAAGUCUGGGAUAUCAACGCCGAUGGAUCUGGAAUGACACUCUGUGGAACAUGGCAUCAUGGCGGCGUUAUAAACUUUGUCGUCACCUCACCACAUCACAGCAAAAUCGCGACCGCCGCCGACGUCUUCAGAGAUGCCAUCCGAGUUUACGACUUGAACGAAGACGAUGUAUCCAAUUCCCCAUUCGUGUCGUAUUCUGGAUCCCGCGCCGAUGUGCAGUCAGCUGAGCAGCUCCGAAGCCGGCAAUCCUGGGUAUACUACCCGUCAACGCUGCAGUGGGGCAAGGCUCCGUGCGUGGCCCAUCUCCUUCUUACCGGAUACUCGCCGCGCUCGUUCGAUGUGCACGACGAAGUGCCGAAAAUCAUCGAGGACACUGGAGAGCUCUGCCUCUGGGAUACCAACAAGGGGACGCGCGUGCUAAUCACCUCAGCGCGCACACAGAACGUGUUUGAGGUCGUGUGGCACCCGACGCUUGCUGUUUUCGUGGCUGCGACGUCGGCGACGGGGGAGUAUGAGGAUGGGGUGCGGACGCAGCUGCGGAUCUUUUGCCAGACGGAGAAUGGCACCUUCAGCCAUACUAAGACGUUUGAUUGUCGCGCGGUGGAUAUCAAUGAGAUCACCUUGAUGUCGAACAGCCCAUUGCACUGCUACCUCACUGCGAGCUGCACGGAUGGGAAUACAUAUGUCUGGGAUAGCGCCCAGGAGGAGAAGCCCAUCCAUGUCCUUGGCCAUGGUAAAUCUAUCGACGAUCAAUCCCAGGAUGACGCCGAGACCAAGGACAACGACCACGAGCGGACAGACAGCGGUGUGAAAUUCGCCGCGUGGGGACGGACGUGUGACCGUUUCUACACAGGCUCCUCAGACGGCGUGGUCAAAGCAUGGAAUGUGCGUGCUCCUCCGGCCGAAGUGCAUGUUGCGGAUGUCAUCACGCUAUCCGGCGGCAUCUCAGCGGGUGUUUUCUCAAGCGACCAUUCUCGUCUCCUCGUCGGUGAUGCGACGGGGAAGCUGAAUGUUUUGAGAUGCGGAGACUUGGAUGAGGACGAGGAGUUCCCCCCGAGGCGCCGACAGCAGCCGAUUAUACCGCAUUAUGAGGCGUCGAGGUCUGCAGAUUAUGGGGGCGGGGAUCUUGUGGAGCCGAGCCCGGAGCCGACGGCGAGGGAGAUGGCGCAGCGGUUUGUGGAUGCUGGACAGGUUGUUAUUCAUCCUGAUCCGUAUGUUGGCGCGGUGCAGGGGGGAAAUUAUGUGAGCACUGGAUUGUUUUGCCGCCAGCUUCACCGGGGUGGAGAUCCGCAUGCGGAGCCUCUGGGGGAGGUUGUGGUGCAGCAGGAGAAGAGGUAUCAGAGGAAGCAGCUCGUCUUGUCCACCACGCGAGAUGUUGAACCUUGUCCUGAGGCAGAGCAUCAGAAGAAUUACAUGCUGGACCUGCACCUGGGGCAGCUGAGUCUUCAAACGGCGCUGGAACUCAAAGCAUCAAGGGUGGAUUUUGCUUUUGAGGAUGAGAAUGACUUUGACUAUGAGCCUGAUCUUGGUGUCGUGGAAGGGGCAGAUCAAGAUGAGGAUGAUGCUGUAGACAUGGUGGAUGUCUUUCCACGUGGCGGGGAUUGUGUAUUCCUCAGUACAAAUGAAAUGGACGGAUUCCAGCAUCUUAAAAACUUCAUUCAAAAUGAGUUGCAGGCAUAUAAAGCCCUACAACAGGUAGAAGAGGCUAUGGAUGAUGGAAAUUAAGUGUAUAAAGUAAUAGGGCAGCUAACGGAACUUAUAAUGGCCUUUGUAAAAAUAAACAAUAAUAUAAAGGUGGUUAGAGGAUAUGAGGGGGAAGAGAGGCAAAGGACAGGGAUAAAAACUAUAAUUUUCUUGGUUUUUAUAAAUGAGAAACUAGAAAAUAAAAGAAAGCUCCUUUUAUAUCUAGCUGUUUCUCAUUUAUAAAAAUUAAAAAACUAGAAAAUUAAAAAGAGGCCUCCCUUUAAAUAAAGCUGUUUAUUUCCCUAUUUUUAAAAGAUAAGAAACUUCAAAAAAAGGAAAGCCCCCAUUAAAUAUAGCUACUUACCC